UUUUCCUUAAUCAAUUUUUUUUUUCUUUUCUUGAAGGGGGUGGGAGUGGGAGGGGGAGAGGUAGAGGGAGAGAGCGAGAGAGAGGGAGAGCGGACAGGUGCAGAUGGAUCUGGCGUCGGAGAAGAUGUAAGCUCCUCGCACGUGUAAAUUGAAACGUUAUUAUUAGCGAUUCAAUUUGACUCAAUUAUUUCGGUUCUGGUGAAUCCUUGAUAACCAUUGGCAAUCCUUAACACUUUCUUGGAAUGGAGGAUGUAAAAAGUACUGAAGAAAAGUUCAGUCCAAAUUCUUCUAUGUCCCCCCAAGAAAAUAAUCGUGGUGAAGAUGCUACGAGGCCAAUUACUAAUGGAGAAGCGGAAACUGGUCAUCAGGCUACAGUAGACAGUUUUAAAUUAGUAACUGUUAAAGAUGCUCAUGAUGGCCCCAUCUUGGCACAGGACCAUCUUCCUCCAACACAAGACCCAGUUUCAACAUCUUCAAAUGCAGUUGGUGAAAAAGAGCCCGGUGCUUCUGAUGGCUCAACCCUGGCACAGGAUCAGCUUCUUCCAACUGAAAUUUCAGUACCAAUAGCUCCUGAUGGCUCAACCCUGGCACAAGAUCAACUUCUUCCCACUGAAAUUUCAGCGACAACCUCUUCAGAUGCAUUUUCUGGAAAAGGGCCUGAUGCUUCUGAUGGCCCUGCCCUGGUACAGGAUCUUCUUCCAGUGGACAGUUUAGCCUCAUCCUCUGUGGAUGCAGCUGACAAAGAAGAGUCUGAGCAUCAAGAGACAGCGAUAAAUGCUUCUAUAACUGGAGCCAUACGAGACGGUGAAGUACAGAAAUCUCAAGAUGGUGAUUCUGUUCACGUUGCCAAUGUUCAUGUUGGUCUGAUACCUUCUGCUUCCUUAGCUGAGACCACAGACACCAGAAAUGACCAGCAUACAGUGCCUGCUGGUGAACUUGCUGUGCCCCAGGUAAAGGUUGCCAGUGCUGCUGUAGGUACACCAGAACCCAUCACUCCGAAACAUGAUAAACAGGUUGACGCAAACAGAGGCCUUGUUGACACCGCAGCACCUUUUGAGUCUGUUAAAGAAGCUGUUUCCAAGUUUGGAGGAAUUGUCGACUGGAAAGCUCAUAGAAUCCAGACAGUGGAGAGACGCAAGCUUAUAGAACGAGAACUUGAGAAAGCGCAGGAGGAAAUUCCUGAGUACAGGAAACAGUCGGAGGCUGCUGAAGAUGCAAAAAUGCAAGUUCUAAAGGAGUUGGACAGCACAAAGAGACUCAUAGAAGAACUAAAGUUGAGUCUGGAGCGAGCGCAAACAGAGGAGCAUCAGGCAAAACAGGACUCUGAACUUGCCAAGCUAAGAGUGGAAGAGAUAGAGCAAGGAAUUGCUGAUGAAGCAAGUGUUGCCGCCAAAGCACAGCUUGAGGUUGCCAAAGCCAGGCAUGCAGCUGCAGUUUCAGAACUGAAAUCUGUUAAAGAUGAUUUGGAAGCACUGCGUAAGGAGUAUGCUUCUUUAAUAACUGAGAAAGAGGUAGCCGUGAAGAGAGCUGAAGAGGCUGUUUCUGCAUCCAAGGAAGUUGAGAAGGCGGUGGAGGAACUGACAAUUGAGUUAAUUGCCACAAAGGAAUCUUUAGAGACUGCACAUGCUGCCCACUUGGAGGCAGAGGAACAAAGAAUUGGAGCAGCCAUGGCUAGAGAGCAAGACUCUCUUAAUUGGGAGAAGGAGUUGAAACAGGCGGAGGAUGAGCUAGAAACAAUUAACCAGCGAAUUGUGUCAGGAAAGGAUCUCCAAUCAAAACUAGACACUGCUUCAGCCUUGCUUCUUGAUUUAAAAGCUGAACUAGCGGCAUAUAUGGAAUCAAAAUUGAAUCAAGAAAGCAGUGAAGGGGGACAUUCAAGCAUUGAACUGGAGGAAGCAGAGAAAAAAACUCGCACUGAUAUACAAGCAGCUGUUGCUUCAGCCAAGAAGGAACUUGAAGAAGUAAAGCUCAACAUUGUGAAAGCAACUGAAGAAGUCAACUGCUUGAGGCUAGCAGCCACAUCAUUAAAAUCAGAGCUUGAAAAAGAGAAAUCAGCACUUGCCACCAUUAGGCAGAGAGAAGGAAUGGCGUCGGUAGCUGUGGCUUCUCUUGAAGCUGAGCUGAACAGGACCAAGACUGAAAUAGCUCUGAUUCAGAUGAAGGAGAAAGAAGCCAAAGAGAAGAUGGUGGAGCUGCCGAAGCAAUUGCAGCAAGCAGCUCAAGAGGCGGAUCAGGCCAAAUCACUUUCUCAAAUGGCUCAUGAAGAGCUUCGGAAGGCAAAGGAAGAGGCCGACCAAGCAAAGGCAGUAGCUAGUAUUGUGGAGAGUAGAUUACUUGCAGCUCAAAAGGAGAUAGAGGCUUCGAGGGCUUCAGAGAAGUUAGCGGUAGCAGCCAUAAAAGCGCUGCAAGAAAGUGAAUCAGCUCAAAGUAGCAACAAUGAGGAUUCACCCACGGGCGUUACACUUUCCUUGGAGGAGUAUUAUGAGCUGAGCAAGCGUGCCCAUGAAGCAGAGGAGCAGGCGAAUGCAAGGGUGGCAGCAGCCAUAUCGCAAAUUGAGGUGGCUAAGGAGUCGGAAUUGAAAACCUUAAGCAAAUUGGGAGAAGUUAAUCAGGAGAUGGCGGCAAGAAAGGAAGCACUGAAUGUUGCAUUGGAUAAUGCUGAGAAGGCCAAGGCUGGAAAGCUUGGUGUAGAGCAGGAGCUGAGAAAGUGGAGGGCUGAACACGAGCAGCGGAGAAAAGCUGGUGAAUCUGGGCAUGGAGUGGCAAACCCCACCAAGAGCCCGAGGAGAAGUUUUGAGGAGAAGAAAGAAGCAAAGAAUUUCGACAGGGCACCAGAAGCUGCUGUUCUUACUCACACUGCCCCAAGCCCAAAGGCACAUGUCUAUGCAGAUAACACCGAGACCGAAUCAUCCCCAGAAGCCAAGGUCGUAAAGAAAAAGAAAAAGUCGCUCUUCCCUCGGAUUCUGAUGUUUUUGGCCAGAAGAAGGGCUCAGGCUUCCAAGUCUGCAUAAUUCUCUGUUUGGUACAAGUGUCUCUGCUGUUGUUGUUUAUUCCUCUCCUUCAAGGGGAGUAUGAUCUUGACAGGGUUUAACUCAUGUUGUACAUGUUGGUGAUUAUUUAUGUAUGAUAAAUUGUAUUUUUGCACACAAAAUGGAUAGCUUGGGUUGGAUUUUGGGAUUUGAAAUGUAACGGGGCGUUGAGUCUGGGAAAGAGAGAAUAAAGCAUUCAUGUAAUUUGUGGUUUUGUAACAUGUAUUAUCACUUCCUGUUGAAUAUUGAUGAGUCUUGUUAUGUGGAAUAAUCUGUGCUCUCUGUGAA